AUGGCGAACACAGGGCCCGGAAAUGUGCCUUUGCACUUCAUUCAAAAACCUCCCUUUACCGUCGAGGACCCCAAUGCCCAACCGAUCCCAGGCGAGACCAUUCCCCGCCGACAUCCCAAGGCUAAGAAUGGCCUCGCGACUCGCCCUGCACCUGGAGUCAACACCACUCUAGACCUCCUUACUAGAACCGUGGAGCUGUACGGUGAUGAACGCGCCAUAGGAAGCCGCAAGCUGAUCAAGCUUCACAAGGACAUCAAAAAGGUCCCCAAGGUCGUUGACGGCGAGACCGUCAUGGUGGACAAGGAAUGGCAAUACUUUGAGCUUACUCCGUAUUCGUACAUCACCUACGGAGAAUAUUUCACCAUCGUGAAGCAGAUAGGCGCUGGUCUUCGCAAACUCGGCUUGGAACCCAAGGACAAAUUGCACAUCUUUGCUACCACGAGCCCCCAAUGGCUCGGCAUGUCGCAUGCCGCCUCGUCCCAGUCUCUCACCAUCGUUACCGCCUACGACACCCUCGGUGAGAGCGGCGUCCAACAUUCCCUUGUCCAGAGCAAGGCGAGCGCCAUGUUCACCGACCCUCACCUUCUCAAGACAGCUACGAACCCGCUCAAGGAGGCUACAUCCGUCAAGAUCGUCAUCUACAAUAAUCACACUACGCAGCCCGUGUCCCAAGACAAGAUUGAUGCCUUCAAGGCCGAGCACCCGGACCUUACCGUGCUCUCUUUCGAAGAACUUCGUGCUCUCGGCGAAGAGAACCCCGUCCCACUCACACCCCCCAAUCCGGACGAUACCUACUGCAUCAUGUACACCUCCGGCAGCACCGGUCCACCCAAGGGCGUUCCCGUCAGCCACGCUGGCUUUGUCGCCGCCGUAGCCGGUCUCUACGCCGUCAUGGAGGAAUCCGUCACCCACCGCGACCGAGUUCUCGCCUACCUGCCGCUUGCCCACAUCUUCGAACUCGUCCUGGAAAACCUCGGCGUCUUCGUUGGCGGGACCCUUGGAUACUCAAAUGCCCGUACCCUUUCCGACACCAGCAUGCGCAACUGCCCGGGCGACAUGCGCGCCUUCAAGCCCACGAUCAUGGUCGGCGUUCCGCAGGUUUGGGAGACCGUCAAGAAGGGCAUCGAGGGCAAGGUCAACAGCGCCGGCGCCCUCACCAAGGCCUUGUUCUGGGGCGCCUACAACAUCAAGUCCUUCCUCGUCUCCAAUAACCUACCCGGAAAGACCAUCUUCGAUGAUCUCGUCUUUGGCCAGGUGCGCACCAUGACGGGUGGCGAGCUGCGCUUCAUUGUCAACGGCGCCAGUGGUAUCGCCGCCUCCACGCAGCAUUUCAUGUCCAUGGUGGUUGCGCCCAUGCUAAACGGAUAUGGCCUAACCGAGACCUGCGGCAACGGCGCCCUCGGCUCCCCCAUGCAAUGGACCUCCAACGCCAUCGGCGCGAUGCCCGCCGCCGUGGAAAUGAAACUCGUCUCCCUCCCCGAACUCAACUACCACACCGACACGGUUCCGCCCCAGGGAGAAAUCCUCUUCCGUGGCGCCUGCGUCAUAAAAGAGUACUACGAAAACCCCGAAGAAACCGCCAAAGCCAUCACCCCCGACGGGUGGUUCAAAUCCGGCGACAUUGGCGAGAUCGACGCCAACGGCCAUUUGCGGGUAAUCGACCGCGUCAAGAAUCUCGUCAAGCUCCAGGGCGGCGAGUACAUUGCCCUAGAGAAACUCGAGGCUGUGUAUAGAGGAGCGGUAUUUGUGCAUAAUAUUAUGGUGCAUGGUGACAAUAGUGCCCCGAGGCCGAUCGCGGUGGUGGUACCUAAUGAGAAGGCGUUGACAGAGAAAGCAAAGGAGUUGGGACUAGGCGCGGAAGCGCCGGGUGAGAUGCACAGGAAUAGGAAGUUGAGGGAUGCGGUUUUGAAGGAGUUGCAGAGUGUGGGGAGGAGGGCUGGGUUAAGUGGAAUGGAGACGGUGGCGGGGGUGGUGUUGGUUGAUGAUGAGUGGACGCCGGCGAAUGGUUUUGUUACUGCUACGCAAAAGAUUAAUAGGAGAGCGGUGAAGGAAAAGUACUCGAAGGAGAUUUCGGAUUGUCUUGAUGGAAAAUAACCUAGCCUCGCCCGAGCAUUGUUUGAGAGGGGUCGGCUAGGACAUGAGAAGGGGUAAUUGUAAUGGCACCUUGCAAAUGGAAAGGGGAGGAGGCCAGAAGACACUCAUCCUAGGCACUAUGGUAAGGUCAAGCGGAUGGGACAAACUAGCAUUGUUUGGCAUUCAUUCAUUAGAAGAGAAGAAGAAAAGGGGACUGGGAUAGGAUACCCUACAUGUUUACGCCAGUAUUAGGUAGUUUUGCAUCGUUGUGCUUUCUCAAGAAGUCAGUUAGUAUUAUAUCCUUAUACCCG